GUAGAAAUGAUGGAAGAAUUGCAUAGCCUGGACCCACGAAGGCAGGAAUUAUUGGAGGCCAGGUUCACUGGAGUUGGUGUUAGUAAGGGGCCACUCAACAGUGAGUCUUCCAACCAGAGUUUGUGCAGCGUGGGGUCCUUGAGUGAUAAAGAAGUAGAGACUCCUGAGAAAAAGCAGAAUGACCAGCGAAAUCGGAAAAGAAAAGCUGAACCAUAUGAAACUAGCCAAGGGAAAGGCACUCCUAGGGGACAUAAAAUUAGUGAUUACUUUGAGCAUGGUGCUGCUUUGAAUUAUUCAUAUCCAUUUUUCCCUGUUGGCCAGUUUGCUGGGGGAAGCGGGCCAGGAACCAGCCCUGGCAGAAGUGUUCCACCAGUUGCACGAUCCUCACCGCAACAUUCCUUAUCCAAUCCCUUACCGCGUCGAGUAGAACAGCCCCUGUAUGGUUUAGAUGGCAGUGCUGCAAAGGAGGCCUCAGAAGAGCAGUCUGCUCUGCCAACCCUCAUGUCAGUGAUGCUAGCAAAACCUCGCCUUGACACAGAGCAGUUAGCACCACGGGGAGCUGGCCUCUGCUUCACCUUUGUCUCUGCUCAGCAAAACAGUCCUUCUUCUACGGGUUCUGGCAAUACAGAACAUUCUUGCAGCUCCCAAAAACAGAUCUCCAUCCAGCACAGACAGACCCAGUCUGACCUCACAAUAGAAAAAAUAUCUGCACUAGAAAACAGUAAGAACUCUGACUUAGAGAAGAAGGAAGGAAGAAUAGAUGAUUUGUUAAGAGCCAACUGUGAUUUGAGACGGCAGAUAGAUGAACAGCAGAAGAUGCUAGAGAAAUACAAGGAGCGAUUAAACAGAUGUGUCACCAUGAGCAAGAAGCUUCUUAUAGAAAAGUCAAAACAAGAGAAGAUGGCAUGCAGAGAUAAGAGCAUGCAGGACCGACUGCGAUUGGGCCACUUUACUACUGUCCGGCAUGGCGCCUCUUUUACUGAACAGUGGACAGAUGGCUAUGCCUUCCAAAACCUCAUCAAGCAACAAGAAAGGAUAAAUUCACAGAGAGAAGAGAUAGAAAGACAACGGAAAAUGUUAGCAAAACGGAAACCCCCUGCCAUGGGUCAGGCUCCUCCAGCAACCAAUGAACAGAAACAACGGAAAAGCAAGACCAACGGAGCUGAAAAUGAAACGUUAACCUUAGCAGAAUACCAUGAACAAGAAGAAAUCUUCAAACUCAGAUUAGGUCAUCUUAAGAAAGAAGAAGCAGAAAUCCAGGCAGAGCUGGAAAGGCUAGAAAGGGUUAGAAAUCUACAUAUCAGGGAAUUAAAAAGGAUACAUAAUGAAGAUAAUUCACAAUUUAAGGAUCAUCCAACGCUAAAUGACAGAUACUUGUUGUUACAUCUUUUGGGUAGAGGAGGUUUCAGUGAAGUUUACAAGGCAUUUGACCUAACAGAGCAAAGAUAUGUAGCUGUGAAAAUUCACCAGUUAAAUAAAAACUGGAGAGAUGAGAAAAAGGAGAAUUACCACAAGCAUGCAUGUAGGGAAUACCGGAUUCACAAAGAACUGGACCAUCCCAGAAUAGUGAAGCUGUAUGAUUACUUCUCGCUGGACACCGACUCGUUUUGUACAGUAUUAGAAUACUGUGAAGGAAAUGAUCUGGACUUCUACCUGAAACAGCACAAAUUAAUGUCGGAGAAAGAGGCCCGAUCCAUUAUUAUGCAGAUUGUGAAUGCUUUAAAGUACUUAAAUGAAAUAAAACCUCCCAUCAUACACUAUGACCUCAAACCAGGUAAUAUCCUUUUAGUAAAUGGUACAGCAUGUGGAGAGAUAAAAAUUACAGAUUUUGGUCUUUCCAAGAUCAUGGAUGAUGAUAGCUACAAUUCAGUGGAUGGUAUGGAACUGACGUCACAAGGUGCUGGUACUUACUGGUAUUUACCACCAGAGUGUUUUGUGGUUGGGAAAGAGCCACCAAAGAUCUCAAAUAAAGUUGACGUCUGGUCAGUGGGUGUGAUCUUCUACCAGUGUCUUUAUGGGAGGAAGCCUUUUGGCCAUAACCAGUCCCAGCAAGAUAUUCUACAAGAGAAUACUAUUCUUAAAGCUACUGAAGUACAGUUCCCGCCAAAGCCAGUAGUUACACCUGAAGCAAAGGCAUUUAUCCGGCGAUGCUUGGCCUAUCGAAAGGAGGACCGUAUCGAUGUCCAGCAGCUGGCCUGUGACCCCUACUUGUUGCCUCACAUCCGAAAGUCAGUCUCUACAAGUAGCCCUGCUGGAGCUGCUAUUGCAUCAACCUCUGGGGCGUCCAAUAACAGUUCUUCGAAUUGAGACCAACUCCAAGGCCACAGACUGUUUAGCACAGAGUGGACACAUGGCAUCAGCAGUGGGUUUGGAACAGUGAAUCCGAAUGGAUCUCAUGAAACCUGUACCAGGUGCUUUUCUUUUCUUGCUUUUUCCCAUCCAUAGAGCAUGACAGCAUCGAUUCUCAUUGAGGAGAAGCCUUGGGCAGCUCUGGCCAGGCCUCAUAGGAGAAGACCCCGCCCGGGGUCCGGCGUCAACGGUCACUGUGUGUGGCUGCUCUGAGUGAGGAAAAAAUUAAAAAGAAAAAACUGGUUCCAUGUACUGUGAACUUGAAAACAUGCAGACUCAGGGGAUUCCCUGAUGCAGUGCUUCAGAUGAAGAAUGUGGACUUGAAAAUACAGACUGGGCUAGUCCAGUGUCUAUAUUUAAACUUGCUCUUUUCUUUUAAUAAAGUUUAGGUACCAUCUCCUGAAAAGCUUGUAGCACAGAGGCUCAGCUGGGGAUGGUGUUUGACUUCGGAGGAAAAAGUUGCUAUCGCCCAUUAAAGGCACUAGAGUUAGUGUUCUAUCCCGAAAUAAUUUCAGUUUUUAAAAACAUGCAGCUUCCCUCACCCCUUUUUUAUUUUUGAAAGAUUACAUUUGGUCAUAAAGUGAAACCCGUAUUAGCAAGUACGUGGCAAUGUUCAUUCCAGUCAGAGGCAGCUCCUGCCCUCUGGUCUCCCGCUGACGGAUCUUUCCCUCACGGGAGCUCUGAGAUGCCUGGGCUUUGCCAUCCGACGAAGAAUGAGGUUAGAAGACUGCAGCUGGAGGCUCUCGAGGUUUUCAGAUAUUUCUUCACAAUUUGAACACUUGACGGUUGUCCCUUUUAAUUUAUUUGAAGUGCUAUUUUUUUAAAUAAAGGUUCAUCUGUCCAUGCA